CAACAAUUCCCAUUUUCGUCGGCUUUUCUUUGUAACCCUAAUCCUUCUCGGUCGCUAACGAGGGUGAAGAUUGGAUCGAUGGCAGGGAAUGGACCGAUCUCCCAGGACUGGGAGCCCGUCGUGCUCCGCAAGAAGGCUCCCACCGCCGCCGCAAAGAAGGACGAGAAGGCCGUCAACGCCGCCCGUCGCAGCGGUGCUGAGAUCGAGACCAUCAAGAAGUUUAAUGCUGGUUCGAACAAGGCUUCCUCUAGUAGCACGUCCCUAAACACAAGGAAACUUGACGAGGAAACAGAGAAUCUUACUCAUGAGCGAGUAUCAACUGAACUGAAGAAGAAUCUCAUGCAAGCUCGACUUGAAAAGAAGCUUACCCAGGCUCAACUUGCACAGCUAAUCAACGAGAAGCCCCAAAUUAUCCAAGAAUAUGAGUCUGGAAAGGCUAUUCCAAACCAACAGAUAAUUAUCAAACUGGAAAGGGUGCUUGGGACAAAACUCCGAGGUAAAAAAUAAUUAUAGCCCAGCAUUUGACUACCCGUCAGCACGAUGUUUAAUAUGCAGCAUGCAAGUUUUGCAUGUCAAAUGCACGUGGACUCGUCUUUCGCAUGUUCAACUCCCUUGGCAUUUGGUAGCUUUCCCUGUAUUUUGACCCAAGUUUCCAAUGCUAUAGUAAGUUUCAUGACUGUAAUUUUCGUUUUUUAUUUGGUGUUGAUACUCUUUUUGAACCAAUAAGAAAUGUGAUGUGGUGAUGGGGCUCAAAGUCUUUCUGCA